AAAAAAAAAAAAAGAAGAUUUAAAGUACCCUUAGCGUUGAUUUUCGCCUCAGAGAUUAAUAUAUAUAUACUUUAUCGGAUUUGAAUUCUUCGUUUAUUGUCCAAUUCACCGCCGGGAUAAUGGCUUCCUUCGAGAUGAAUGACCUGAAAAAGAUUGGGCUAGGCUUGACUGGAUUUGGAGUGUUCUUUACAUUCCUCGGAGUGAUAUUUGUGUUUGACAAGGGACUCAUCGCCAUGGGAAAUAUCCUCUUCUUAGCCGGUGUGACUCUAACCAUUGGGAUCAACCCAGCAAUCCAAUUCUUUACAAAACGACGCAACUUUAAGGGAACUAUAUCAUUUGGCUUGGGUUUCUUGUUGGUUGUGUUUGGAUGGCCUAUUCUCGGUUUGCUUCUAGAAUCAUAUGGGUUCCUUGUGCUCUUCAGUGGUUUCUGGCCUACACUCGCUGUCUUCCUUCAAAGGAUACCUAUAUUGGGCUGGCUUAUGCAGCAACCGUACAUCAGAUCGUUAUUGGAUCGCUACGGUGGAAGGCGUGUUCCUGUCUAAUCCUCUUCUCACAGAUGUACAUGUCCUGUAAACCACUGUCGAUACACAGGUGCUGCUUAUGUAUAUAAUACACUCCCACUCAUCGUUAAUGUGUUGUAAAUGGCUUGUGAAUGAUUGAUGUUCUCUUGCAUGUGGCUUUUCCUCUCU